AUGAGAGAAUUCAUACUACAGAGAAGUCUUACAAAUGUGAACACUGUGGCAAAGCCUUUACUCAGCGUGCACAUCUCAUUGUACAUGAGAGAAUCCAUACAGGAGAGAGAGAAGCCUUACAAAUGUGGAGAAGGUGGAAAAGCUUUUAUUUAUGGUUCACAGCUUACUACACACAUGAGAAUUCAUACCGGAGAGAGACCUUACCAAUAUGAACAAUGGGGCAAAGCCUUUAACCGGUGUUCACGUCUUAGUCUACACGAGGGAGUUCAUACUGGAGAGCGGCGUUACAAAUGUACAGAAUGUGGAAUAGCCUUGAUUCACUGUUCACAGCUUACUCGACACGUGCAAAUUCAUAAUGGACAGAAAUCUUAA